CGUUGAGCGUCAGGAAGAAGCGGGCUCUUUACUGGGAGAAAUGGCUUGAAUGGCCGGCGAGUAAGACACAUUUUCCCGUUUCAUCGGGUGAAUGUUUUAACUUUGGAGGUUUUAAAUCCGGACGAAUUGCCUUUACCAAGUAAGGAACUAUGGCAAACGUGAAAGUCGCCAUUCGAGUUCGCCCUCUCAACGCAAGGGAAAGCGUGGCUGGAGGGAGGCUUGCUGUCCAGGUAGAGGACAAGUUGGUGAGGAUAAAGAAUAACAAGCUGGAUGGACGUUACGACGGCCCUGGGGAAUCCAGGGAGAAGGUGCUGGAGUUUGGUUUUGACUACUGCUACUGGUCUGUUUCCCCAGAGGAACCACACUACGCCUCACAGGAAGAGGUGUUCCAGGACCUGGGAGUGAUGGUGCUGGCUGGUGCGUCAGAGGGCUACAACGUCUGUCUGUUUGCCUACGGGCAGACUGGCACUGGCAAGACCUACACCAUGAUGGGCACACUGGACUCCAUGGGCCUGACCCCCAGGAUUUGUCAGGGCCUGUUCAAAUCUGAUGACACAUUCCCUGAAGGACACAACUCAAGCAGGGUUGAGAUCAGUUUCCUGGAGAUCUACAAUGAGCGUGUUCGUGACCUGCUGCGAGGCAGAGAGCAGAAGAAGAAACCCUCCCUACGGGUUAGGGAGCAUCCUGAGAAAGGACCCUAUGUACAAGACCUGUCCCAGCAUGUGGUGUCUGACUACAAGCAGGCGGUGGACCUAUUGGAGGAGGGCAUUGCCAACCGCAUCACCGCGGCAACACACAUCCACGACGCUAGCAGCAGAUCCCAUGCCAUCUUCACCAUCCAGUACACCCAGGCUAUUCUGGAGGACAACCUUCCCUCAGAGAUUGUAAGCAAGAUCAACCUGGUAGACCUGGCUGGCAGUGAGAGAGCAGACCCCCACUACUGCAGAGACAGACUCACUGAGGGAUCCAACAUCAACAAGUCCCUGGUGACACUGGGUAUCGUCAUCUCUGCUCUGGGUAAAUAA